AACCACUGUAAACAAAAAGGUGAUAUUUUUAACAACAGCAACAAUAAAAAAAAAUCCCGAAUUUGAAUAAAAAGUUGCCAUGAAUUUCCUUUUUUUCUUUUCUAUUUUUGCACUUGUAAAUAAACCAUGUCUGGACGAAGAAGAACAGUUUCAUUAAAUAAUAAUAACUCAGAGAACAUACAAGUGACAGUUCGUUGUCGACCGUUGACUUCAAGCGAACAAGCUAACUACUGGAUAAUAGGUGACUCAACCAUAGGAUCCAACGACCCACGUCUAAAGAAGCAACAUGAGUUUCGAUUCGACAGAGUAUUGUAUGGAAGUGAUAAUGAAGCUCUAUAUUCAAAGAGUGUUGAAAAUAUAAUAAAUCAAGCGAUGGAAGGUUAUCAUGCUACUGUAUUUGCCUAUGGUCAGACUGCCAGUGGGAAAACUUAUACAAUGAUGGGAACUGAGUCACAACCAGGUGUGAUUCCUCGCUCUGUAGAUAAUGUAUUCAAGUUUAUUAAAAAUGCAGUUACAAAAGAAUUCUUGCUUAGAAUAUCCUAUAUUGAAAUAUACAACGAAACGAUUAAAGAUCUUCUCAAUCCAUCUAAUGAUAACUUGAAGAUUCAUGAGGACAGAAUAAGAGGUGUCUAUGUUACACCGCUAACAGAAGAGGUGGUAACAUCCCCAGAAGAUGUUUUCAAGAUCAUCAGAAAAGGAGAAGCCAACAGACAUAUCAGUGCAACAGAUUAUAAUCUGCAUAGCAGUAGAAGUCACACUGUAUUCCAAAUGAUCAUUGAGAGUAAAGAAAGAAAUAGUACAAGCAUAACCAUGAUGAACGGUCGACGAAGAACUUUAUCCACAAAUAGAAACGGUUUAACAAAGGAACCUAUCAAGAUAUCACAACUUAACUUAAUUGAUCUGGCUGGUUCAGAAAAGGCAGCAUCCAAUGAAGAACGUCGCAAAGAAGGCGCAUAUAUUAACAAGAGUCUUUUAACACUUGGUACCGUCAUUUCAAAAUUAACAGAAAAUGGAAAAAAUACGGCACAUAUUCCCUACCGUGACUCAAAGUUGACGCGAAUAUUACAAACAUCCCUAAGUGGGUUAGCUAAAGUAGCAGUCAUCUGUACUAUUAGUCCUUCUGCUAGUGCCAUAGAAGAAUCUAUUAAUACAUUAAAGUUUGCAUCUAGAGUGAAAAGAAUCACGACUCAUGCAAAGAAUGAUGAUAUCAUGGAUGAUAAGGCGCUUCUCCAAAAGUACAGAGGUGAAAUUGCGGAACUAAAGACAAAACUGCAGUCAACGACAGAGGUAUUGAGAAAAGAAAAGGAAAUGACUCAAACUAUGCUUGCGGCUGAGCGAAGAGAGCAUGAGGAGCAGUUACGACAAAUGAGGAAUGUCCGCACGACGCUAAAAGAAAGAAUUGAUCACCUAACCCGUCUCAUCCUAACAUCGUCAUCUGUGGUCAAUGCAAACACCCUCCAUGAUAUCUCAGCGACGAUUGAAAAUGAUUUACCCAUAUUAACGAACAAUGAACAGACUGCCCUUAGUAGAAUAUCUGAAGAUCAUAGAACCAUUACUGAUCUAAGACAACAAUUAGAAAGAGUCUCAUUAGAAUCAAAGGAAAAAGAUAAACAAAUAGCGCAUCUACAGGAAGAACUCAAUAAGCAGUUGACUGUCAAUAAGCAACUAGAAACUGCACUAACUUUGGCUCGUGCUGAGAUAGGCAUAACUCAAGGCUUUCCUAAUGAACCAAGUGAAAUGACAACAGUGCUUAAUAAACGAUAUGCAACUGUUCAAACAAUAUGAAUAAACAAAGGCGCUACAGUCUUUCCAACAAUUUAUGCCACUGGAC